CCUGGUUGUGCUUCGUGUGAUAUCUCGGGCAACGAAUACUAAAGACUUUCGGAUGUAGGGCCAGCAAGUAGAGUGAGCAUUCGCUCGAAUCCCCCAAGCCUGCCAAUGGAUUGUCUCUUCUUUUCGUUCUCAUUCUUGAGCUCUCUGAUCAUCUUCCGCUGUUGUGUCUUACCCCGGCUUUAAAUACAGGCCAGCAUGUAUUUGUGUCUGAUCGUCCUCCCGUCGAGAUAUCGGAUCUGCUUAGUAGCUAAUGCUAUACGCUUGGGCCAGCGCAGCCCAUUUCUGUGGCUUCGCUCCAUCUCUUCGUACCUUUUGCUUACCCCCGGCGUGCAUAUUCGUCUUGCGUUCUUUCCCAUUGUGGCAAAAAAGAAAAAAAAAAAGAAAUUAAGUGACUUAUCUCCUUCUAGUAUUCUUAACCAACGGUCGAAAUUUAAAUGGGUACAGAAUUGAUGUGAAGGGGGACUCCGAUACCAACAACGCUCAACUCAAGGUGAACCAUCAUAUCACAACCAAGAACUGCUAGCAACGAUGGAACGUGAUGACGGAGCAAGGCACGGUCAAUCUGCGUGAAUAGUCCCCCUGAGUUAUAGUACGACGAAUCAGCAAGCCUGAAAAUCGAUGUAUGAUGACAUCAAUAUCAUGGACAAACAACCAGGCGAAUCUAAC